UAAUGAUGGUUAUGACAUUUUGCAGAGUAGAAUGGCAAGAAACAAUGGGUCUGCUGGUGACUUGCCUGAUAGUGAUGAACAUGUUCCUGUAGUUGUGAAGCUCUUGGAUGCUGGAUCCAAAACCGUAGUCUCUAUGGAUCAGUGUAAUCCGUCCAGAGAGACGCCCUCCCAACCAUCUGUGAACGCGGAGCGAAGUCGCUUCCGAAUUGUUGCUGCAAUCCUGGCCUUCUUUGUGAUGUUAUGUAAUUUCUGCCGAGUGGCAACAGUAAAAGUCUCUCAAGGAGUUCCCAGGCUUAUUUCAAAUUCCGUAUGCAGUCUUCUGGAUAUGAUACUUGGACCAGAUUUCAGAGAAGAUCUACAACGACCCUCAGUGAGUCCAGAAUUCAUAGAAAGAGAUAUUAGUUCAAUAAUGAGAAGGCUUACCGAAGUUGAAGAGAAGGUACAGACUUUACAAACAAAGCCGGUGCAGAUGCCCUCUGAGAAGGAGGAGCUGCUAAAUGCUGCAAUAUAUCGAGUGGAUGCACUAGAAGCAGAAUUGAUUGCAACUAAAAAGGCAUUACACGAAGCUUUGAUGAGGCAGGAAGACUUGCUUGCAUACAUCGACGCACAAGAAGCUGCGAGAUUCAGGAGGAGAAAGUUCUGCUGAUGAAGAGUGAGUUGCUGCAUUCAAGGAGAUAUUUUCCAUUUUGUUACUUCUCUUGUUGGGUAGAGUGCUGUGGUAAAUUUUUGAAUCAGUACGUGAUCUCCUUGUAUUUGUGUACAGUAGUGAUAUGAUGCACUUUACAAUCUUCUUCGAAGGUAAAUUUUAGCCUUGAUAACCAAAUAAAAGAAAGGAAAAAGAAAAAAAAAAAGUUUGUCUAUAAUUAUUUGUAAGAAGCGGGUUCACAUUAAUUCUUUGCGAGGCCAGGGUGAAUUAACUACGUUAAGGGAAAACUCUCUACAUUCUUCGUAUCAAAUAAGAUGUUAUACUUUUCUAAA